AUGUUUCAUCGCUACGACAGAAGUCUGGAAAUAGAUGUAGAUCAGUCAAUCAAUUUGGAGAACUUUCCGUACACUGGCAGAGGCGUUCAAGCGAUCGAGAGAGUUCAAAAGGGCAAGAAGAUCUUUCACAUAAAUAGCGAAUGGCUUGUCACCCCCAGAUUUGUGAUAGAAAACUUGAAAGAAGCUACCUAUUUUUGCGAGGCUGCCGGGCGGCUGGGGCGAAACGUCGACGCAUUUGACUUGCUGACACUUUGGAUCGUUACUGAAUCGACGCAGGGAUAUGGCAAAAAAUCCAAGUUCGAAAAAUACUUCGAAACUUUGCCAAUCAAAUACAGCGUCCCGUAUUUUCUCCCUGAAAAGUACCAAAAGCUUCUGACAACGCAAGUUCGUACGGAUGUGGAGAAAGAGCUGAAUAAACUUUACGAUAGACAUGAGAUAUUUACAAGUAUCCGUAAGAACAUCCGCGAGACCUAUCAUCGUGAAAUCAUCAGUGAAUGUUCGUGGAUAAAAUUUCGUUGGGCCGCAGCGACGAUCAAAACUCGGCAAAUUUACAUUUACGAUGAGAAAUACAACGAUAUGAAAAUCGAAGGACUCGAAAUUGGAACCCCAUUCGACAGCAGCGGCCUAGCUCCUUGGUUCGAUAUGCUGAAUCAUGGCGAUGUCGGGCACGUAAACUGCAAAUUCUAUUGCAUGUCGCCGGAAAAAGGACUUAUCUGUGAAGCAAUAAGAGAUAUUCUAACAGAAACACUCUUCGACAAGUUCGCGGAGCACGAGAUCGCAAAAUCUUCGACCUCCCUUAAGAUUUUCCAAACUGGACCUCAAUGCGAUGUCGUUCCUUUCCUCGUGGAACUUAUGCCACACGCUUGCCCUUUGAGAAACAAAAAUGAUCUUGAGAUCGAGGCUCUUAAAAUAAUGGAACUUAUGAUGAUUAAACGAAUAGCCGAAAUCGAGCAACUGGACGAGCUCGAAACUCGCGAGUUUAAAAAUGAUAGGAAAUACCCUUGUGCGGUCGAUUCAUUUAGAACGCUGCGUCAGAGCCAUAGGUUCAUCGCGGAAAGAGAACUAGAGCGGCUAGACAAUCUUAACUUCAAGAAAGCUAACGAAUCCGCAAUAAUCGAUGAAGAUUUAUGA